AUGAUCGACAGCAAUCCGGCAUCGUUCCCGAAUCUGCCUAAAGGUCGCCUUCUAUGCCCCAUCAGUGCUAUUGAGAAUACUCGAUAUCAACGUGAAGUUGUUCUAGAUUCAGAACCAGCACGUUACGAGAUCCUAUCUUUGGAAGAUGGUGACCACGCUGUGACACAGGAAUGGGAGCCAGUGACACAUCCAGAGGGCUCACUCUAUUUGUACCAUCGGCAGAAACAAAUAUAUACCGAUGCAUAUUUAUAUCACAACGAAACGCGUCAGGAAAUCGAGCUGUUUGCUGAUUACAUUAAUACCGUCCUGCAAUCAUCGCGAACGUCAUUGCCGUCCGUUGACUACGAGAUCGUUUUGGACCUUAGACCAGUGGAUCAUGAGACCAUCUAUUGGUUCUAUUAUUGUGUGGAUCAUGCGUCUCGCAGCAUAUUCUGGCCAGAGCCAUAUGUUGCUGACCAUCUGGUUGAUGAAGUAACAGGUUCCAAAUCAUUCGCUCAUCUGAAACUCAUGAUUGAAUAUAACUUCUGGACUCACUAG